AAAAUCCCCAAAUAAUCAUUUUUACUCUACAAAUGUGAAUGUCAAUGUUCAUCAUUGCUCAUAAUGAUUGCGAUAAUCAUCAUAUUUCUCACCCAAUCUUUUCAGAAGAUCUGAUUUCUAUAUUUUGUUUUGUACAUUUGGAUUCAGUAUUUUUAUGUGAAUUCACUGUCGUUUUAUGUGUACGAAUGAAUGUUUGGUACUGAGCUGAGGAGAAGUACUCAUUUUAGGUAAAAUUAAUGGCUUCCAGACAAGGAUUAAAGUCGAGCAAACCUAGUCCAAAAGCAGUAGCAGCAGUCAGUACUAAUUCGCCGACGUCAUCAACCACGUCAUCCUCUCGUCAAUUUCUGGAGCCCUCUAUAGACGGCCUGAGUUCUCCGGCGUCUUCCUCUGCUCCAAGUAAACCUCAAUACUCUUACUCGGAAAGUGUGUCCUUGGAUGUUGAGAGAUCUAAAGAGAAUGUUACAGUCACAGUGCGGUUUCGCCCACUCAGUCCGAGGGAAAUUCGACAAGGAGAGGAGAUUGCAUGGUAUGCAGAUGGGGAUACUAUUGUGAGGAAUGAGCAUAAUCCGUCAAUUGCUUACGCAUACGAUCGAGUAUUUGGGCCUACGACCACAACAAGGCAUGUCUAUGACGUUGCUGCACAGCAUGUUGUUAAUGGUGCAAUGGAAGGAAUCAACGGUACAAUAUUUGCAUAUGGUGUUACUAGCAGUGGGAAGACUCACACCAUGCAUGGUGAUCAGAGAUCUCCUGGUAUCAUUCCGUUGGCUGUGAAAGAUGCUUUCAGUAUUAUUCAGGAGACUCCAAGUCGGGAAUUUCUCCUUCGUGUCUCUUAUUUGGAAAUCUACAAUGAGGUUGUUAAUGAUUUGUUGAAUCCAGCUGGACAAAAUUUAAGAAUUAGAGAAGACGCACAGGGAACAUUUGUUGAAGGAGUGAAGGAGGAGGUCGUAUUAUCCCCAGCCCAUGCGCUCUCCCUUAUUGCAGCGGGAGAAGAGCACAGACAUGUAGGUUCGACAAACUUCAAUUUACAAAGCAGUAGAAGUCAUACAAUCUUCACACUGACCAUAGAGAGUAGCCCUUAUGGUGCAAACAGUGAAGGUGAAGCUGUUACUUUGUCACAGCUGAACCUAAUUGACUUGGCAGGUUCUGAGAGCUCAAGGGCGGGAACAACAGGCCUGCGCAGAAAAGAAGGAUCCUAUAUCAAUAAGAGCUUGUUAACUCUAGGAACCGUUAUUGCGAAAUUGACGGAUGGGAAAUCUGCACACAUACCUUACAGGGACUCCAAAUUGACGAGGCUUCUCCAGUCCUCACUUAGUGGUCAUGGACGUGUAUCUCUGAUCUGCACUGUUACACCAUCAUCAAGUAAUUCUGAGGAGACACAUAACACAUUGAAGUUUGCGCACCGGGCAAAACAUAUUGAAAUUCAAGCAGCACAAAACAAGAUAAUCGAUGAAAAAUCACUAAUCAAGAAAUACCAAAAUGAAAUUCGGUGUUUGAAGGAAGAGUUGGAACAACUGAAAAAAGGCAUUGUUACAGUUCCACAUAUGAAAGAUACCAGUAAUGGCAGCGAUAUUCUGCUCCUCAAACAGAAGCUAGAAGAUGGUCAAGUGCGACUGCAGUCAAGACUGGAACAAGAAGAAGAAGCUAAAGCUGCUUUGAUGGGCAGAAUACAGAGGCUGACAAAACUAAUUCUUGUAUCCACGAAAGCUUCACCAUCAUCAAGAUUUCCCCAUCGCCCAGGACUCAGGAGAAGACAUUCCUUUGGAGAAGAAGAGCUUGCUUAUCUUCCACAUAGAAGAAGAGACCUCGUCUUGGAAGAUGAAAAUAUGGACCUGUACGUUUCUCUUGAUGGCAGUACUGAAACUGUAGAUGACAAAUUAAGAGAAGAGAAAAGGACCAAAAAGAAUGGAUUACUGAGCUGGUUAAAAUUACGGAGAAGAGAUGGUGGUUUAGGGACCGUGGCAAGCUCUAGCGACAAAUCUAGUGGAGUCAAAUCAACAAGUAGUCCUUCAACUCCUCAAGCUGAUAGCACAAAUACUCACAUGGAAGCAAGACAUUCACAUUCUUUACUCGAAACCACUCCAUCUGCCGACAGUUUAGCUGAUGUGAAACAUAAUAAAGAGGUGUUCGAGCCCGAGGAUAAUUAUUUGGGACAAGAGACUCCAUUGAUCAGCAUAAAGAGUAUGGAUGAAAUUGACCUUCUGAGGGAGCAGCAUAAAAUUUUGUCUGGGGAAGUGGCACUUCACAUGAGUGCCCUGAAACGAUUGUUGGAAGAGGCUGCACAAGAUCCUGAGAAGGAUCAUAUCCAAGUGGAGAUAAGACAUUUGAGAGAAGAAAUUCAAAAUAAAAACAAUCAAAUUGCUUCACUUGGAAAGCAAAUUGCGGAUUCCAUCAUUCCUCAUGGUGAAAAGGACAAACUGGAAGAAUCACAAUCGGUGGCUGAACUAAUGGCGCAUUUGAAUGAGAAGUCUUUUGAACUUGAGGUUAAAGCUGCUGAUAACCGGAUAAUCCAGGAACAGCUGAACCAAAAGAUCUUGGAAUGUGAGGAAUUGCAAGCAACAAUUGUCUCAUUACGACAACAGCUCUCAGAUACCGUUGCACAGAGAAACUUCAGUCCAUUAACAAGCCAUUUACAAGGUUUCUCUGAAACUAGAAGUUUGCAUGGGGGCUUUCAAGUCGGCAAAGAAAGUGCAGUGCUAAAGGAUUCAAAUGAUACCUCACUUCUGCAAGCUAAGGCAAGUGAGACUGAAGAACUAAGAAAGAAAUUAGCUGAAGUAACCGAGUCAAAGGAGGAGCUAGAACUACGGAACAAGAAACUUGCGGAAGAAAGUUCAUAUGCUAAGGGAUUAGCGUCAGCUGCAGCAGUUGAACUGAAGGCUCUGUCAGAGGAAGUUGCAAAGCUAAUGAACCACAAUGAAAGAUUAGCGGCUGAGCUGGAAGCACAGAAAAAAUUGCCAGCUCAGCGACGUACCACCAUUCAAAGCAGGAACGGGCGGAAAGAUGGUUAUUCCAAAAAGCAUGAUCCAGGCGUCUUAUCCUCAGAGAUCAAGAGAGAACUGGCCCUGAGUCGUGAAAGAGAGCAUUCAUAUGAAGUUGCACUGACCGAAAGGGAUCAAAUUGAAGCUGAACUGCAAAGAAAAGUUGAAGAGUCGAAACAAAGAGAGGCUUACCUAGAGAAUGAACUCGCAAACAUGUGGAUACUUGUGGCGAAGCUUAAAAAGUCUCAGGGAGUUGAUGCUGAUGAAUUUACAACCGAGAAUGGGAAGACUGGUGACAUUUGAGUUUCUGUAUAAUCCAGUUCAAAUUAAAGGAUCCCAGUAGUUAGCUUUUGUAACUGGUAGUAGGAGACAAAUUUUUGGUUGUGUAGUGCUAGUUGGUUUGGUUUGGGUUGAGUAACGUGGGGGUGGCUUCUAUAUCAGUUUCUUGCCUGGCUUUCUUAUCUGGUUUCUCGAACGAUUGUAAAAAUUUCAGUUGUUUAUCCAAUUGUAACAAAAAAUAUAUUAGUACCAAAUGUUAAUCGGUGAUGUAGAUGUACAUAGCAUCAGACACUGUUCCAACUCCAAUCUGGUUUGUGGUUUGUGAAAGGGUUAUUGCUUUCAGUUAGUGCCUUGUAAAUUCUUGUUAUAUUGAA